CGAGCUUCACGAGAGCUUGAGCUUUAGCUCAAAAGCUCACUCAUUUUAUGAGCUUUGAGCUUGAGCUUCGCUCUUUUUGAAAAAGUGUGAGCUUGAGCUUGAGCUUUUGCCUCAUGAGCGGAAGCUCACGCUUGUGGCGCCAUCUAGCGGUCAAAAUUGGAAGUGGUUGCCGAAAUGAGACAAGUCUCCACGUUUGGAGGUGGAAAGCUGUCAGUGCUACUUGCUAAUAGCCUAGCCUAUACUAGUUGCUUAUGCUUACAGUUACAGCUUAGUGAUUGAACUGAACAAGUAAAAACAUAAACUUGAAAUCUGAAACUGAAAGUCUUAAACUCUUUAGAGAGUAGAGACUAAUGAGAAAUGGCGUCAAAAAAGCGAACAGCUUCUACAAGUGUACAAAGUCAAAGUCAUGUGGGUGCUGUAGGUGGUGCUGAUCAAGUGGAUUGUGAAACUGUAAAUGUAGAGAAUAAUGAUUCUGGCAGCGAUGAAAGCAAUGAGUUCAGUGAGAAUAACAGGCAUAAUGAGACCCCUGCUAGUACUUCUGCAGGACAUCCAUGGACCAAAGGGACUAUUGAGCUGCCAACCAAAUUCUUCCAGUUCAUCGAGCUUACAAAAAAUGGGAAAGGGUUUUUUGUUAAAUGUUUGAAGUGCCACGAGUUCAAAACUGCCUACAACAAGAAAGGGAAAAUAGAGUUGUUAUCUGUUACCAGGAACUCUGUGUAUAACGCAAGAAGACAUAUGGAGCUUAAGCACCCUGAAUGUCUGGAAGAAUUCAAUUCGCUCUGGUCUGAAAAAGGAAAAGACCUCAACAAGACGAACAAAAAUGCUGACAAGUCACAAUUGAAGCAACCUAAAAUAGUUGGACAUUUAUUGGAUGGCACUUCGAGAUUUAAACAGAUAAGAACUCAGGAUGAAUUAGAUAAAGCAAUUUUGAACCAUAUCAUCACUGGUCUGCUUCCUUUUAGUGAAGUGGAUAAAGAGGGGUUUAAGCAGCUUGUUGGUGGCUUGAUUGGUCCACUGUCAAUCAGAAGUCGCCCGUUCAUGGUUAAACUUUUAAAUAAGCAGUAUCAACAAAGUAAGGAAAAUCUGAUUUUAGAACUACCAAAAGCCAGCCAUGUGUCAACAACAGCUGAUUGUUGGACGGCUCAUCAAAAAAGUUUCCUAGGGAUGACGGUUCAUUGGCUGGAUGUGGACGAAGUGACUAGACAAAGCGCUUGUCUUGGCGUCCGCCGAAUUUUUGGAUCCCAUACUUAUGAUGUGCUGGCCAAAGCAAUUUCAGAGAUGCAUAAAGAGUUCAAAAUCUCCGCAAAAGUUAACCUAACUAUUACAGACAACGGAUCAAACUUCUUGAAAGCAUUCCGGAUGUUCCAAGCAAAAGAUGCUGGAAAUGAAAGAGCAUCUAAGGAAGCCAGCGACGAAGACUGUUUUGAAGAGGAAGAAGAGGAUGAUUUUGUCUUAGUCGACAUCGGAGAAAUAAUUGAGAGUCAUACUUGUACGUCGGAAGCAAGAGUCUCAAAUGGAAGCAGCGGAGGACAGAUGGAUGGACUUGAAGAUGGAUCAGACCCUGACGAUGAAGAGGAGGUGGAGCGCAUUAUUCUUCCUCCACAUAUGCGCUGCACUUGUCAUACGCUAAACCUCGUUGCAACCACGGAUGUGGAGAAAAUUCGUAAUCGUCAAUUUUUAAAGAUUAAAAAAUCUCUCGACCUCAAGUUGAAGAGUAGGGGAGAGGGGGGCUAG